AUGGGGAGGUUCUGUAUUCCUGCUGGUGGAAGACCGGAGGUUCGUGAGGUGUCGGGAGAAGUCAAGUGCAAGUUCUCCCAAGUGAAGGCAGGGCAGGGAGCAGUUAAACCUCUGCUGAAGUAUUUAGAAACUGCCGAGCAAAGUCCUUCAGCUGAGAUGGCCUUGGCGCCAACCAUGGGGAAAAAGAACACCAAAUCCAUGGUGCAAGGAAGCAACCACCAACAGGCUGGAUCCUUAUCAGCUGACAAAGGUGAAUCUUCUACUUCAACCAGCUCUGAAGCAGAGCUUGACAAAGCCAAGUCUAAAAAGAACAGAAAACAGGGUAAGGCAGCCUUCGAGAAAAAACAGCCAGAAGAAGAGAUACCAAAAGUACCGGUGGGGCCAGGGCCAUAUUUUGAUAUCAGUGGAUCUAAUGGAGCUGGGCUUGUGAGCAUCUAUUGCCAGAGCAGAGGCUGGCAGCGUAUCUAUGACAACAGAAGAGAGGAUUAUGCACUGAAAUGGUGUGAAAUCAAGUGCAGAGAGACCUAUUACCAUUUCAAAGAAGGUAGAGGUCUCCUCUACCAGAUUCCCAACAACGGAGUCCUCACCAGUAAGAUCGGGCUUUUAUGCUGCCUGAGAGAGCAAGAGCAGAUGAUGACAAAGAUCGGUAGGAGCUCUAACUCCAAGUUACUGAAGAUGAAAGAAUUCUUCCCAGAAUCUUUUCGCCUGGACUUAAAAGAUGAGAGAAAUGCCUUUUUGCAAAGGUGUGCAGAAGAACAGAUUUGGAUCUGCAAACCACGUUGCUCUCAUCAAGGUCGAGGAAUUUUCCUGCUUAAAACUCCAGCUGCUGUCGACACCCUUCAAGCCAAGCUCCACGGCACUGAGGAACACCUACUCACUCAUAGGGUGCCGUGCAAGGCUCCCCAGGCAAGAAUUGUGCAGAGGUAUAUUCACCAGCCUCUGCUCCCGGAAGGGAAGAAAUUUGAUGUCCGGUCUUACCUCUUCAACGCCUGCACGGCACCAUACGCGGUAUUUUUUGCCCAGGGUUACGUCGGGUUGGCCUGUGUCAGUUAUGAUGCCGCUUCUGAUGAUGUGACUGUUCAUCUGACCGAUCAGCACGUGCAGAACAAGAACUCCCCAUGCAGCCCGCUGAAAGAGGAAGUUUGGCGGAUGGAGGACUUCAACAGCUACGUUAAUGAGAAGUUGAGAAAACCCAACGGCCUCCCCAAAGACUGGGUUUUCACUGUGUUUACUGACAGGAUGCAGCGGAUCGUCUUGCAGUGCUUCCUGGCAGCCAGGCACAAACCGGAUCACAAACUGGGCCACUUCGAUCUCAUCGGCUGUGAUUAUUUUUUAAUUGAUGAAAACUUUAAGGUCUGGCUUCCGGAGAUGAAUGCAAACCCAGCACUGCACACCAACUGCAAAGCCCCGAGAGACGUCAUCCCAGCUGCAGUCUGCGAGGGUCUUGAUUUGGUUCUCGAGGUUUCCAGCAAGCCCCUCAAAGGCCAGAGUGUUUUGCCUCUGGAGACACUCCACCGUUUUGUGCUUCUCUAUCAUGAGGAUGCUGCAGACCUUGACCAGAAACAACCCUCGAAGCUCAGGAGUGGCCUGUGUGCAGGCUGGUAUCUGCGGCCACACACAGGCAAUAGCAGCCACUUCAGUCAGAGCCCUGCCAAAGUGCUGCAGAAGUCCCCCAAGAAGCCCGGUCGCUCUAGAAAAAAAAGAACAUGGUCCAACCCAGAAGGCCAGAGUGAGGCAUCCCUCCACGCUGAGGACCCUGCAAUACUAGCAGAAACAGAAGAUGGUCUCCUUCCUCUUGCUGGGAUGCGUCUGAGAGUGAUUGCGAGUGCAAUCGGCCACACAUUUGAAAUUUCGGGCUCCAUGAUAGAAUCCAGGCUCAUCCACUGCCAGAAUUCAGCCGACUUCGACAUGUGGGUCCGACACCUCCAGCACCAAAUCCAGAUGGCAAACGCUCACUGCCCAGUCAGCCCCAACAAUAAUAUCGCUUUUCUGGUGCCGUGUGAUGAACAGUGGAAGAAGAUGGAGCUGACGAGACAUCUGAUGUGUAACGCCAUCCUGAAGUGGGAAGGAAAACCUAUCCAGCAUCUGGGAAGGAUACAGUAUUUGACCAUGGUGCAAGUGGCUAGUGGCUGCCUGGGGGACUCUGAGGAAAGGCUACUGAUCCUGUUUCCAGAAGAUCUGCUUUUCCUCUCCGUGGAUAAGGACAGAACUGCAAUCACAUACAAGGGAAAACUCCCCCUAACUGGAAUCCAGGCAAAGGAGAAAUCCGCUAUGCUGGGGAGGUUCCAGUUUGAAAUUGCAGGAAGCCUGACAGAACCAAUCCUUAUCACCUGUUCCACGGCAGAGGAUUACGAAAAAUGCCUCUUCUACCUACAGAAGCCAGAGAAAAUCCUUGAUCCUCUGACUCUUCAGCCACCACCAAUCAUCCCCAAGAAAUUUCGGCGGUAUCGGUAGGACAUUAGCGUGCAGCGACAAGAAGAAGGUACAUCGAAUACAAUGCCGACAGAAAGGGAAGGAGCUGAAAGAAUGAGUAAGAACAGACUGGGAAUUGGAAACCAAUAUUCUUUCAGCCUGAGAGGUGAGUAAGGGUCUGCACACAAGCUGUUCUCCACUGGCUGCUGUUCCGAAGGGGCCGCUGCAAUCAAUCUUGUUAUU